AACAUGGCGGCCGGUGGAGAUGCUGGCUGCUUUUGUCGGAGUUAAACCGAUCUCUGCAAAGGUCUUAUAGCAGAGGAUCUUUGGUUUUGUGCAUUGCUUUUGGUGGAGGAUUGCGGGGGUCCAUCAUGAUUCACGAGCUGCUGCUGGCUCUCAGCGGAUACCCGGGCAGCAUCUUCACCUGGAACAAGCGCAGCGGCCUGCAGGUAUCUCAGGAUCUGCCUUUCCUUCAUCCAAGUGAGAGCAGUGUCUUAAAUCGAUUGUGCAAGUUAGGCACUGACUACAUCCGCUUUACAGAGUUUGUUGAACAGUAUACCGGCCAUGUUCAGCAGGAGUACAACCCUUCCCCGCAGGGCCAGACUGGGCUGCACGGAAUCUACCUUCGUGCCUUUUGUACCGGACUAGACUCGUUGCUGCAGCCCUACAGGCAAGCGUUGCUUGACUUGGAGCAGGAGUUCUUGGCAGACCCGCACCUCUCCGUCUCUCAUGUCAACUACUCCUUGGAUCAAUUUCAGCUGCUGUUCCCAUCUGUUAUGGUGGUAGUUGAACAGAUCAAGUCUCAAAAGAUUCAUGGUUGCCAACUCCUGGAGACUGUUCACAAACACAGCUGUGGAGGACUUCCGCCAGUCCGCAGUGCAUUGGAGAAGAUCCUGGCAGUGUGUCAUGGUGUGAUGUACAAACAGCUGUCUGCGUGGAUGCUGCAUGGACUCUUAUUAGACAUGUACGAGGAGUUCUUUAUCAAGCAGGGGCCUUCCUCUGGGAAUGUUGGCACUCAGCCCGAGGAGGAAGAGGAGGAGGAUCUGGGAAUCCGAGGCUUGACUGGGAAGCAGCUCAAGGAGCUCCAGGAUCUGCGGUUAAUCGAAGAGGAGAACAUGUUGGCCACCUCCCUGAAGCAGUUUUCACUGCGAGCUGAGAUGCUGCCCUCAUACAUCCCAGUGAGGGUGGCAGAGAAGAUCCUGUUUGUGGGGGAGUCCGUGCAGAUGUUUGAGAAUCAGAACGCGAAUCACACUCGUGCAGGGUCCAUUUUGAAGAACCAGGAAGAUAUCUUUGCGGCAGAGCUUCACACGCUCAAACAGCAACCCCUUUUCAAUCUCGUGGAUUUUGAAAAUCUAAUUGACAGGAUCAGAAGUACGGUGGCUGAGCAUCUGUGGAAAUUGGUGGUUGAAGAGGCAGGACUGCUGGGACAACUUAAGAUAAUCAAAGAUUUCUACCUGCUGGGUCGAGGUGAACUAUUUCAGGCUUUCAUCGACAGUGCACAGCAUUUAUUAAAGACUCCACCAACAGCAGUCACUGAACAUGAUGUUAACGUCGCGUUCCAGAAAUCCGCACACAGAGUCCUGUUGGAUGAUGACAAUCUUCUCCCGCUCCUGCACCUCACUGUUGAGUACCAUGGGAAAAACCCCAAAGAUUCAACACAGAGUCGUGAUGCAUCAUCUUCCCCUCGUGAAGCCCCGACGUCUGGCUGGUCAGCUCUGGGUCUCUCGUACAAAGUGCAGUGGCCUUUGCACAUCUUGUUCAGCCCCGCUGUGCUGGAAAAGUACAACAUUGUGUUCAAGUACCUGCUGAGCGUGCGGAGGGUGCAGGCGGAGCUGCAGCACUGCUGGGCCGUGCAGAUGCAGCGCAAGCGCCUCAAAUACAACGAGACGGACGUGAUCAAGUGGAGAGUGAGGAACCACAUGGCCUUCCUUGUGGACAACCUGCAGUACUACCUACAGGUGGAUGUCCUCGAGUCUCAGUUUUCUCAGCUCCUCCAGCGGAUAAACUCCAUCCGGGACUUUGAAAGCAUACGACUGGCUCACGAUCACUUCCUGAGUAACCUGCUGGCCCAGUCGUUCAUCCUGCUCAAACCGGUGUUCCACUGCCUGAACGAGAUCCUGGAAUUAUGCCACAACUUCUGCUCCCUGGUUAGUCAGAAUCCUGGUCCCAUGGAUGACCGAGGAGCUCCACAAUUAGACGUCCUUGUGACGGGUUUCAGUCGCCAGUCGUCCCUCCUCUUCAAGAUCCUGUCGAGCGUUCGCAACCACCAGAUUAACUCCGACCUGGCCCAGCUGCUGCUGAGAUUGGACUACAACAAGUACUACACACAGUCAGGAGGCACGCUCGGAAGUUUUGGCAUCUGACCAGAGCCUCUGGAGGUGUUGGCUCAUCGCCUUCACCGGUCUGCAGUGCAGCUGACAGGUCUACGGUGUAAGGGACCUUGCCGGCCACACCUGAGCCACCUGCACAUAUCUCUGGGGAAGCUGCUGCUCCAAGCUUCACCGGAGGGCACGGCUUCACAUCGCAGUCUCUGCUCCUCUAGACACACACCCGGGACUGAGUCUCCUGACACGGUGCUGCUCCCACCGACACACUCGAUGAACCCAGGACUGGAGUCAGUGUUGGAAGGAACUGCAGACGCUGGUUUACACCGAAGAUAGACACAAAAAGCUGGAAGAUCUCAGUGGGACAUCCCUGGAGAAAAGGAAGGGGUGACGUUUCGGGACGAGACCUUUCUUCGAUCUCAUCCCUUCUCUCCAGAGAUGCUGCCUGCCCCGCUGAGUUACUCCAGCUUUUUGUGUCUUAGUUUUCCCUGCCAUUUUACAAACACUCACCGCACAGUUCUGCGCCUGUGUGACCUGCUGUUGCUGAUUCUGAGCAAUCUCUGUUCCCUUUCCUCUUGGACUGCUGUCAUCUCAUCACUCGACCUCAAAGGAGGAGCCUGGCCAGGUGAGAUGGGAAUGGACUGACCCCAGGAGAUGGGAAUGGACUGACCCAGGUGAGAUGAACAAACUGAGAUGAUGAGAACAAAUAGAUCGACUCUUCCCAGAGUUUCAGCCUCCUUUUCCCAUUGUGAUUGGUCUGUCAAAGACCCUUAGAAAAACCCUCCUUGUGAAAUCACCAGGCACCUUUCCCAAACUUGGUUUGAUUAAUUGGGAAUGUGUUCCGUCUUGUUCCCGUCAUAGAUGUGUGGGAUUUGGAAAGGACAUGGUCUUAAAUUGAACUCAUUGAUGUCAAUGGUUUGUGCUGCUUCAAAUGCGAUCUGUUGCAAGUUCUGAAGGUGUCCACUCACCCGCCCUGGGUGCUGAAUGGAGUCCCCUCUAUCCAGCCGACCUCCCCACUGUGAUUAAUUGUCCAGAGCACGAUGUUAUACUGAUUUGGGAAUCGCAUGCAACAGUUGAAGAGCCUCUCAAUGCUCCUGGGUCUUAAGGAACAGGGCUUUGGGUCCAAGCCACAUAGUGGAAGGAGCGUUGUUCCUUUCACUGGCACCGCUAUAAAUGGCCAAGUGUGCUAGGUGUGAAAAAGUGAUUUAAUACCAGACCUCUCUGCACCCGAGUUCACACGCUAUGUUUCCUGACAACUCCAGAGACCGGGAUCGAUCCUGACUACAGGGGCUGUCUAUGCAGAGUUUGUACGUUCUCCCUGUGACUGCGUGGGCUUUCUCCCAUAUGUGCUCCAGUUUCCUCCCACACUCCAAAGACGUACGGGUUGGUAGGUUAACUGCCUUUGGUUGAAAUUGAAGAAUGUCCCUAGUGUUAGUGUACAGGGUGAUCGCUGGUUGGCAUGGACUCUGGGCUGAAGGGCCCGUUUCCACGCUGUAUCUAAAGUCUAAAGUUCAGAGAAGCCCCUGACUUGAUGAGAUUCCUAGAGCACACACAAACAGCCAACAGUCAUUAUUCCAUUGUGUAGGAAGGAACUGUAGAUGCUGGUUUACACCGAAGAUGGACACAAAAUGCUGGAGUAACUCAGCAGGACAGACAACAUCUCUGGAGAGAAGGAAUCGGUGACGUUUCGGGUCGAGACCCUUCUGCGGACUUUUCAUCGUCACCUCCAGAGAUCCUGCCUGUCCCGCUGAGUUACUUCAUCAUUUUGUGUCUCUCUUCACCGUUAUUCCAUAUGCUGGUUCCUCUUAUCACCCAACCCAGUGUUAAAUCCAUUGUGCCUACCGAUGAAAGCGAAGCUAUUGAUUUUCUGUGUACGCUCAUCCCAUUUUAGAAGCAGAGCUAAAUAAAAUGAAACUCGUGCUGCUGUGAGAACCUUGUAUUAAACCAGCUAGUACACAGAAAAA